GCGAGUGAGGUGAGGAUGGCGGGCCGCCUCAGCCUGGUGUUGUCGGUGGUUUGGGUGGCCGGCUCCGGGCUGUGCUGGCAGCUCUCCUCCCUCCAUUGCAGUCUAUACUCCAGCAGCGCCUGUGACUGCAGCUUCCGGCCCGGCUUGGAUGCCUUGGAGUGUGACCUUGCUCGCAAUUUGUUCGGGCAGCAUCUGGCCCAGGAGCUGGUGGUGAAAACCCUGAGACAGUUUAUGGAGACCGAUUACCCCAGCAAACCCCUCGUAUUGUCCUUCCAUGGCUGGAGUGGCACCGGCAAGACAUUCCUGAGUUCCCUGCUGGUAAAACAUUUGUACAGAGAUGGAAGCCGCAGCCCCUAUGUCCAUCAUUUCUCUCCAGUCCUGAACUUCCCUCAUGCUCAGAAUCUCAAACAGUACAAGGAGAACCUCAAACAGUGGAUCCAGGGUAACCUCACCACUUGUGGUCGAUCCAUGUUUGUGUUUGAAGAAAUGGACAAAAUGCACCCGGGGCUCAUAGAUGUCCUUGUCCCUUUCCUUGGCCCGUCGUGGGUGGUGAUUGGUUCAAAUUACAAGAAGGCCAUAUUUAUCUUCAUAAGCAAUUCGGGAGGAGAUGACAUUAAUCGGGUGGCUCUGAAAUUCUGGAGAGAACGCAGGGACAGAGAAGAGAUCCAGCUGAGGGAUGUAGAGUCGGCUAUAGCCAACACUGUGAUAUCAGACCAUGAACAUGGCUUCUGGCAGUCCGAGAUCAUCAAGCAGAACCUCAUAGAUGUCAUUGUGCCUUUUUUGCCCUUACGCCCUAACCACGUCAGACAGUGCGUUCGCAGUGAGCUGGAACAGCAAGACUUGGCUAAGGAAGAAGAUAUUGUUCAGUCUGUAGCAGACAGUCUGGUUUACAUUCCUGAAGAUGAAAAGGUUUUCUCCUCAACGGGCUGCAAAACAGUACCAUCCCGCAUCAACUACUACUUGUGA